AUGGAGCCCAGCGUGAUAAACGCGCUACGCAGCAAUUUCUCCGCCAGCGAGACCGACAAAGAGCAUUUCUACCGGUGCUGGUCGCGAACCAGCUGCCCCAAUUGCUUGGACGCGGAGGGAUGCAGCUGGUGCCCAUACUCUUGGUCCUGUGUUCCCAACUCGCACAAGAUUCCCUUCCUAGCACCAGCAUAUGACAAGCAAAUCUGCCCAGCCUGGCAAGAGCAAUGGGAAAUCAGGACACGACCGCUGGGCUGUAAUGUCUCAUCCGUAACUACGCUCACUGCGACCGUCUCGAUCGUGGGCACCUUUGUCGUGCUUCUCCUAGCAUUUCUCACCAUCCUUGCGGCGCUACGCAUCCGACGGUAUGCAAGGAAGAAGGCAUGGCGGGUUCCUUGGCGAGCUCGGCCAGCGCGCGACAGAGAGCAGGAGCCGCUCCUACGGUCACAAGAGGCAGGGCAGGGCGCAGAGUGA